GUCAUCGGGGUGGCUGCUUUCCUCCCCACUUGCCGCUAGGCUAGUUGAAUGUGUUAUAUAUUAAACUGCAGAUUUGUUGUCAAAAUUAAAUUAAAUACGCUGGUAUAACCUGCAUAUACGCGCCACCAGUAUGAGUAUUUUGGUACCAGACUGAUCGUUGAGACAAGUCGAUGACUGAAAUUUCACUCGAUGUGUGCUUUCGCUUCAUGCUGACUGUGAUAAGGCAUCAGCAGACCAACUGAAGAAGAUGAGGAAAAAGCACUAAAGAUGGGUGAAGUGACUCGAGCUGUGGAUGAUUUGGCUAAGCAAGCCUCCCUUCCAGAACCACUACUCAUCAUACUGGCACCGCCUCCACCUUUCCUUCCAUUCGCUGAUGAUCCGACCACUUUUUGGCAUAAGUGGCUCAAAGCUUUUGAGCACUACCUCAAAGCCCUCGGCGAAGAGGAGCUGACCGACUACAGUAAGUGUGCACUCCUUCAAAACUGUCUCGGCCAAGAGGGCCAGCACAUCUUCACGGCACUGGUCCCACAGGAAACCACGUAUGCGGCGGCCAUCUCAGCGCUGUCCACCUACUUCAGCGGCGACCGCACCUCUCAGGGCAGCUUGCGGAUUUGCUCGCAAAGGGAAACUCUGACAUUGGCCACUGCUUUGCAGAUCGCUAAAGAGGUGGAAUCUGCCUUAAAUGUGCAUGAAGAGUAUCCCCAGGCCAGUGCGGCUAUUGAUGAUGAUAAUAGUGUGCAGCUUCUGGUUCAACGACCUAAAAGAAAACAGCCUCAACGAAAUGAACAACUUGACACAGAAUCCCAAAAAUUAAAAAAAGGAAACUUUGAGUGUGAUAAUAAAGACGAUGGUAGCUCUUCGUCACUUCUCAUGAAGCAAGAGGAAAGCUCGAAUGAACCGAGCAGCGAUGAAGACAUGGCUGUUCAAAACCGUCCUUCCUGUCCUGUGUGUGUGGAUAGACACUUCAUUAGCAAGCACAAGCUGGCCCGACACAUGAGAACGCACACAAAGGAGAAACCCUUCCACUGCCCCCUUUGCGCCACGCUCUUCAGUCAGACAUAUCACUUGACCCGACACAUGCGAGUCCAGCACAAUGCCGCCCAGCAUGUGUGCCCCAUAUGCUGUGACAGCUUCGAGAGUGCAGAAGAACUAAAGAGCCACAAGAAGACGCACAUCUCGCAGGUCCUGAUAUGUCCCUACUGUCCCAAAAGGUUUCAGAGUGACACCUUGCUUUUAAGUCACAUUGCAUCCCACAUAGAAUACAAGCAGGAGGGGCAUAAAUCAAUAGAAGCCAAAAUAGUAGAGUCAUCUAACAAUGAUGUUGAGGAUGAAACCGAUGAAAAUAGGGAGUCAGGAGUCCGUGUUAAGACAGAGAUAACAACACUAUCUCUUCUUGGUGCUCGAAGGAACGCAAGCAGCACUUGCAAGAAGAAUUAUGUUUGUUCAGUGUGCAACUACAGCUUCAGCCGGGCUGACAAGCUCGCCCGACACAUGCGGACUCACACCAAGGAAAAACCAUUUCGGUGUCCUGUUUGCUCACUCACCUUCAGCCAGUCGUACCACAUGACCCGGCACCAGAGGCAGAAACACGGUCUGCGGCAGUAUGUCUGCCCCAAGUGCAACAAGACUCUGGGCACCUGGCUGGAGCUGAAAGAGCACCGGAAGACUCAUUCGGCCAAAGAGAUGACGUGCCCUGCCUGCAAGAAGAGCUUCAAGGAUAAGGGCUGCUUGGAGAGUCACAUUAAGUCCCAUGAGAAGAUCCCACCUGGACUUCACUCCCUUGUCUGCAGUGACUGUGGGAAAGUAUUUGGCCGGACCUCCCACUUAAAGAGACACAUUGUGGCGCAUCGCAAGGCUGCAAACAGCGAAUGCUACACUUGCGCAGAGUGUCACAAGAGCUACGCCUUUGCAGAGGACCUUAAAAAACACCUGAGGAAGCAUGCUAAAGAAAACAAUGGAACGUGUCCGAGAUGCGACCAGAACUUUGGCAGUCGAGAGGAGCUGGAGGCACACAUGGCGGCUCAUAAAACCAGCUACCUGUGUAGCGUCUGCGGGAAGAAGUUCAAGGUUGAGCAUGCCUUGAAGAAGCAUGAGCAGAAACACCAAGAGCAGCACUACUAUUGUGGUUUGUGCCGCAAGCAUUUCAGCAAACUGUCGCUCUAUAAGCGUCACGAGGCAGUACACGACAGGCGUGAGUCCAAAUGUCCGCAUUGUGACUCCGUCUUCCUCAAACUCACAGCCUUGAAGUAUCACCUCCAGACUCAUACCGAGGAGAGACCUUAUCAGUGUUCCUGCUGCGUGGAGACCUUUGAAGACAAAGAGGGCCUAGAACUCCACUGCCUGAAACACAGGAAGUUCCGGAAGGAGCGGCCAUAUAACUGCACCCGCUGUGACCACGCCUUCGCCACGCUGGCUGAGCUCACAGCACACAUGAGCGACCAUGAUGGUCAGCCACCGCUCAGCUGUGACAUCUGCGGGCGCACCUUCCUCAACAGAAACAAGCUAGACAAGCACUUGAGCAUCCACACGGGUGAGCGGCCUCACCUGUGUGCGCACUGUGGUAACGGUUUCCCUUCGGCUGCCGGCCUCAAGCAGCACAUUCACAUCCACACCGAUGAAAAACCCUUUGCAUGUUCGCAGUGCACCAAGUCCUUCCGCUCGUCCAGUGGGCUGCGGCUGCACAGCAGGAGGCACAUGGACACCCCGCCCAGCUUUGAGUGUCCUGACUGCGGCAGGACUUACGGACGCAUGACCGAGCUGAAGAUGCACCAACGGUAUCACACGGGAGACAGGCCUUACUCCUGCAUGUACUGCAGCAAAAGCUUUGUCAGUAAACACAAGCUGAUGGUUCACGUUCGCGUCCACACGGGCGAGAGGCCAUACUCGUGUCCCCACUGUGGACAGACCUUUACACAGACUGGAGACAGAAACAGACACGUCAACAAGUUCCACACAUGAGACAUUUUAUUUUACGUCACUCGGACCACAACUCCGAGCUGGUUUCCCCCACAGGAUAGUAAUAGCUGCGUUUUGGUUAGCACUUCUGCCUCAUAGUCUGGAUAUCUGAGUUUGAAUGGCUGCUUGCAUGUGGUUUCUCCAGGCACACAUGCAUGUCAGGCAAAUUGUCCAUAGGUGUGAAUGGUUGUUUGUAUUUAUAUUCCCUAAAAUUUCAGUCACCAAUCAAGGAUGGAGCUCGCUGGGGUAGGCUCAUAACGCUCCAGUAAAUUCAACAAAAGUCAUUUUUCAAGUGCUAGAGUUCACCACAGUGCGUUUCAUAUCAGGUAAGCCCUGAUGAAGUUUGUUUCCACUCUCUGGUAGUGGGCCAUCAUACCAUACCAGCAAGACAACAUGUAACUUUUUUUUUUCUUCACAUUCAAUUAAUUGCAUUGUAACACAGAAGAAGGCUCACAGUUCUGCGUCAACCAAUCAACACACAACAAUCGAUCUCACUUCAUAAUUGCACCACUACAACUACAAUAACAGAAUAAUAAUAGUCAUUAUCAUCGUCACACGGGCUACAGUUUUGGCUGUACUCCAGCUCUGAAUCCCUGACUUCAUUUCUUGUCCACAUGUUUGGAAGACAUUUAUUGAAACACACACUAGCAUGAGUCACAUUUAUAUCUUAAAUGGCUUUUCUCUGAUUGUAUCUUCUAUAUUGGGUCAAAUUGGUGUAAAAGAGACUAUAGGGGUGUUAUUUCAUGUCAGACAGCUCUAAUAAUAAAAAAAUUGUAUCUCGAAAGUCAUAUGGGUUUUCUAUGAUCUAAUUACAAGAAUAUUCAUUAAUAUUGAAUCCUACUAGGAAGAUAUACACUUAUUGUGGUCGGGUCUGGAGCCAAUUAACCGCAAGAAACGAGGGCUUACUGUACUGAAAAAUAGCUGGACAAAUCAUUUUGGAACCUUUAAAAUUGAAAUGUAAUAAAAGGCCAAACCUAGCAAAAGCAUACCACACAAGGCCUAUCAUCGAUUUGACAUUGUAAACAACAAAGGACAUCAAUCAUUUGUUUACGUGACGAAUAGAUUGGGAAACUUUGAAACCUUUUUUGUUUUUUUUACUCUAUAUAAGUUUGUUGGCCAAUCAAUAGUGCAGCUCACUCAAACACAAACACAAAGGGAAGGCAAAAAGUACUACUUGUUUAACGGACUGCCUUUAACAUCCUUGCUAAAAGAACAAGCUGGAAAAUGCCUUAUCAAAGUGAACAAACUUGUACCGUUUGGUGGACACAAAGCUGUAGAAGUUGUGGGCACACAGCUCACUGAUUAUUUUUGUGUGACAACUGGCACAAAGGAUUUCAAGAGUGGUGCACAAAAAGAAUUCACAGAAAAAUCAUUGUGGUUUUUCAACAUCCAACUCCAAUUUGGGGGGUAUUCUGCGAGGUCACAUUAAGUCUGGGGGGUUGUAUGUUUUGUUGAGUUACAUCUUGAGCAUACAGCAUAGGUUGGCUGAGCUUCUUUCGCAGAAUACCUUCUUAAUCUGUGUAAUGCUAAGCUCUAAAUACUCCAACCACUCAAAAUAAUUGUACUAUAGCAUGUUUCGGACCAUACAUGUAUUUUUUUUAAUACUUCUUUUCAUGUUUGGUAAACAGACUAACGUGGCUUCUGUAAACACGGACACAAGUGCCAUCAAAUGGACUAUUAUUGAAAUGUAAGGGUUAUGAAAGGUAAACAUGUUCCCAGUCUGACAGUGGUCCAUAUGUUUAUAUCUGUUAUUGAACUACAUGUGAAAUAUGCAAUAAAUAAAAUCAUUGC